AUUGCUUUAAUGAGUAAGGAAACGGCAGCUUCUUUUUCUUUAGCGCAUUCGGAUAUUCUGAAAAAUCGGGAACAAUGUUUUAAUUUUUUUGGCAACUUUGAUGUUUGAAAUAAAAUCACGUGUGCAUUCGAAUAACUAGCUGCCAAAAAUAUAAACUUCACGCCAUAUAUUUUAGAGGGAGCCAACAAUAAAAUGUGGCUGUUUAAACGUUACACACGCUGAAAAUUUAUUACGAUUUCCGUGAAUGCAUCAAGAGUCCCGACCCAUUGAAACGCCAACCAAUGUGUCUGCAGCGUUGACUUUUUACACUAAGCUAAAGCUAUUUGCUAAAAGCUAACAGCCAGUGCCUGUUGUUUGUACGCUUUUGCACGUCCUCCUGUCACCUGCCGUCCGGUGUCUGUGUCUUAAUAUGGCAUUCAAAGCCUUAUGUCGAGCGGAUACUUUUAAAUACCUCAUCGGUCCAUGCAGAACAACAUUAAACACCGAUAAGCUCCCAUUGAGCAAGACAUGUAGCUGUUAUUUUUCGACCUCAAUCCAGCGAGGUUCACAGUUCUACUCCGAUCCUACAGAAGCAGUCAAAGAUAUUCAAGAUGGUGCGACUGUUUUGGUUGGAGGCUUUGGGUUAUGUGGCAUCCCAGAGAAUCUCAUUAACAGUUUACUGAAGACUGGCGUGAAGGGUCUCACUGCAGUCAGCAACAAUGCAGGCGUGGAUAACUUUGGUCUCGGCCUGCUUCUUCAGACCAAGCAGAUCAAAAGGAUGAUCUCAUCCUAUGUCGGGGAGAAUGCAGAGUUUGAACGACAGUAUCUAUCAGGGGAGUUGGAGGUGGAACUCACUCCACAGGGCACCUUGGCAGAAAGAAUUCGAGCCGGAGGUGCAGGGAUUCCAGCCUUUUUCACCGCAACUGGCUAUGGCACACUGAUCCAGGAGGGAGGAUCUCCUAUAAAGUACAACAAGGAUGGCAGCAUUGACAUCGCUAGUGACAAAAGAGAGGUGAAGGAGUUUAACGGCAGACACUACAUCAUGGAGAAGGCCAUCACUGGAGACUUUGCUCUGAUCAAAGCAUGGAAAGCUGACCGGGCUGGAAACAUUGUGUUCAGGAAAACUGCUAGAAACUUCAACCAGCCCAUGUGCAAGGCAGCCAAAACCACCAUUGUUGAGGUAGAAGAAGUGGUGGAUGUUGGUACUUUUGCCGCAGAGGACAUCCACAUCCCCAGCAUCUAUGUCCACAGAGUUGUCCAGGGAGGCAGCUACGAAAAAAGGAUUGAGAAACGCACAGUAAGGAAAAUCCAAGAGGAAAAGCCAAAACCAAAGAAGGAUUCUGAUAUUGUCCGAGAAAGGAUCAUUCGUCGUGCAGCUUUGGAGUUUGAAGAUGGAAUGUAUGCUAAUCUUGGUAUUGGCAUCCCUAUGUUAGCUAGCAAUUUCAUUAAACCAGACAUAACUGUACAUCUGCAAAGCGAAAAUGGAAUUUUAGGACUGGGUCCAUAUCCAACUGACUGUGAAGUAGAUGCAGACCUGAUUAAUGCAGGAAAGGAGACUGUUACAGUGCUUCCUGGAGCUGCCUAUUUCUCCAGUGAUGAGUCAUUUGCCAUGAUUCGAGGGGGCCACAUCAACCUGACAAUGCUUGGAGCCAUGCAAGUUUCAAAGUUUGGAGACCUUGCCAACUGGAUGAUCCCAGGUAAGAUGGUGAAGGGAAUGGGUGGCGCCAUGGAUUUGGUGGCCAGCGCCGGAACCAAGGUGGUGGUAACCAUGGAGCACUCUGCAAAGGGAGGUAAACACAAGAUAUUGGACAAGUGCCUUCUGCCUCUAACAGGAAAGCAGUGCGUGGACCGGAUCAUUACAGAAAAGGCCGUGUUUGAUGUGGAUAAGGCUAAAGGGCUGACUCUCAUAGAAGUGUGGGAGGGGAUCACUCCAGACGACAUCAAGGGGUGCACUGGUACAGACUUUGAGGUUUCACCCAAUCUGAGGCCUAUGCAACAAAUCUGAAGUGAAUCUCUCUUUCUGUGUUGUCAUAUUCCGAAUACAGGUCAAAGUGUACUUUCAAAUGAUUCUGGAUAAACUGACAUCAAGCAGUGAGUAAGGUUAAUCAUCAAAAAAGAAGUCUGCUGCUGUGAAUUAUUAAGAGUAGCUUUAAAACUUAUUCUGUAAAAGACAGCAGGUGCAUCUUCCACAAAAGCCUAUCAAAACCUGUUUCCAAUAGGCCUCUCAAGAGAAAAAAUUAUCUGAGAAUGGUCAACUGCCAGAGCCAAUUUGAAUUCUGUUGAUAACCAAAAAUGGCAGCACAAUAGCCUCAUGCAAUUGCGUACGUUUUGGAAUCAUGCACCUUUUUGUUUGUAACUUCUUUUGGUCUCUUUGGUCCAAUGAGAUUCCAACUUUAAUUUCUGAAGUCCUAUUUACUGUAAACCUAUUGUUGAAAAAGGAGCAAUUCAUUUCUAAUCUAAAAGUUAUUGUAAAGUCAAAUUGCUAAACAGCUUUGUUUUGGAUUAUUUUUCUGACAGUAACCCAAGAAGAAUCAAUAAGAACCCUUAAGUUUUUUUUGUUUUUUGUUUUUGUUUUGUUUUUUAACUCCAGAAUGUGCUCUUACCCUGCUUUUUUUUACAAGCAAUAAAAAGCAGUUUGAGUUGUGGAAA